GUAAUUUUUAAUAUAACAUAAAUAUAUUUAUAAUUAUGACAGAUAUCGACAUUUAUUACAUAAUUGAUUAGGCUGAGUAUGAUGAAAAUCUAACUGAAAACACAAAAGACAACAGAGGAAUCAAACCAAUCCUUGGACAAUUGAAGGGCGGCAUAUGAGGAAGAAAACCAAGAAAAUUCAGACACUAAUGUCCAACAAUUAAGGCAGAGCAACAUGUGUCUUGCAGAGAGUAGUUGGCAGGUGCACCAUCUACCAGCUUGAGCUUGUUAUAAAGGAACAAACCUGGUUAUUACACACCAAACUAGCAACUUUCUCAUUAGCCUCAUGGAUCUAGACCUCUCCUCUUUCAGUAUUCUUGUUUCCUUCUUCAUAUUGCUAAUCACACUUCUAAGAGCAACAUCUCACUCCAGAACCAAAAUGAACCCGGAGCCAAAGUUUCCCCCGGGGCCAAGAAAGUUGCCGCUGAUUGGGAACUUGUACCUUUUUGCUGGUUUCCGACCACCCCACCGCACUAUAAGUGAUUUAGCAUCGAGAUACGGGCCGGUGAUGCACCUGAAACUCGGUGAAGUUAAUACUGUAGUUGUUUCUUCAGCUGAAGCUGCAAAAGAUGUCCUGAAAACGCACGAUCUCAACUUUGCCUAUAGGCCUUCACUUCUCGUGACAGAGAUUAUCUGUUAUGGUAAUACAGACAUAGCAUUCGCUCCAUAUGGUGAUUAUUGGAGACAACUACGAAAGAUCUGCACGUUAGAGCUCUUGAGUGUGAAGCGUGUCCAAUCUUUCCGGCACAUAAGGGAAGAAGAAUCUUUUAAUCUCUGCAGAUGGAUAGGUUCUCAAUCAGAGCAGUUAAUCAAUUUAACAGAAAGAGUUAACUUGACUACCUCUGAUGUUGUUGCGCGGGCAUCACUUGGGAAGAAGACAAAGGAAAAAGCCGCAUUCAUAUCCGUAAUCAGAAAAGCUAUUGAGAUGGCAGCAGGAUUGCAUGUCGCAGAUGUGUAUCCUUCCAUCAAAUUGUUAAGUCGAGUUACUGGAAUGAGAGCAAGGGUGGAGAGGCUGCAUAAAGAAUCAGAUAGGAUUCUUGAAAACAUCAUCAAUGAUCACAGAGCAACCAAUGCUGCAACAAACAGCAAUGAAUCCAAGAAACACGAAGACCUAAUAGAUGUUCUUCUCAAGUUCCAUGAUUCCGGAGAUGAAUUGCAUUUAACCAUUGAUAACUUAAAAUCCGUGCUGCAGGAUAUGUUCAGUGCUGGAAGUGAAACAUCGUCCUCAACUAUAGAUUGGGCUAUGGCCGAAAUGCUGAAACAUCCAAGAAUCCUGAAAAAGGCACAAGACGAGGUAAGGCAGGUUUUUGACAAAAAGGGAUACAUUGACGAGGUUUACAUUCAUGAACUCAAGUACCUAAAAUGUGUCAUCAAAGAGUCUCUCAGGAUGCACCCACCAAUACCGCUACUACUCCCAAGAGAGUGCCACGAGCAAUGUGAGAUUGAUGGAUACGAAAUACCUGCAAAAACGAGGGUCAUGGUGAAUGCAUGGGCGCUCGGAAGAGAUCCCAAAUACUGGAAAGAAGCUGAGAGCUUUAAACCGGAGAGAUAUCUUGAUAUUGAUUCAGUUGACUACAAGGGGAAUAAUUUCGAGUACAUCCCUUUUGGCGCUGGAAGAAGGAUGUGCCCUGGAAUAUCAUUUGGCCUUGCAAAUGUCGAGCUCCCGCUUGCAAUGCUUCUUUACCAUUUUGAUUGGUUGUUGCCUGGAGGAAUGAAACCUGAAAAAGUGGAAAUGACGGAGACAUUUGGCAUUACAACAAGGAGGACAAAUCCUUUGUAUGUGAUUCCUGUCGUUAAAAGACCUCUGCCUGCAACAUGAAAUCAAAAGUCCAGAGCAGUCAAUAAAAGUCGGAGCAUGUUAAAUGACAAUAGAUUGCUCAGGUCUUAGGUAGAUUAAAGUAGUUUACCUUGUCAUGAGAGCCCCGGGCCUUCUUUGUACUAAAUGCUCUUGAAAUAGAAAGAAGAGUGACUGCUGAUUUAUUAUGUUAGA